AUGUCGCCUUCGUCCCUCUCUCACACAGGGAACAUUGAAAUUUCUUAUCAUACUCAACUUGAUAAUUAUUUUAUGUCUGGCUCCCCAAACAUACACAGCGAGGAAUAUUGCAACAAACACAAUAGCUACGACACCCACGACAAACACAGUGACAAGGACACUCACGACAAACACAGUGACAAGGACACUCACGACAAACACAGUGACAAGGACACUCACGACAAACACAGUGACAAGGACACUCACGACAAACACAGUGACAAGGACACUCACGACAAACACAGUGACAAGGACACUCACGACAAACACAGUGACAAGGACACCCACGACAAACACAGUGACAAGGACACUCUCGACAAACACAGUGACAAGGACACCCACGACAAACACAGUGACAAGGACACCCUCGACAAACACAGUGACAAGGACACCCACGACAAACACAGUGACAAGGACACCCACGACAAACACAGUGACAAGGACACCCACGACAAACACAGUGACAAGGACACCCACGACAAACACAGUGACAAGGACACCCACGACAAACACAGUGACAAGGACACCCACGACAAACACAGUGACAAGGACACCCACGACAAACACAGUGACAAGGACACCCACGACAAACACAGUGACAAAAACAUAGUCAACAACAGUAAUAGCAGUUUCUUGGGUGGCACUCCUCUAACAAGCUUGGGUGGCACUCCUCUAACAAGCUUGGGUGGCACUCUUCUAACAAGCUUGGGUGGCACUCCUCUAACAAGCUUGGGUGGCACUCCUCUAACAAGCUUGGGUGGCACUCCUCUAACAAGCUUGGGUGGCACUCCUCUAACAAGCUUGGGUGGCACUCCUAUAACAAGCUUGGGUGGCACUCCUCUAACAAACUUGGGUGGCACUCCUCUAACAAGCUUGGGUGGCACUCUUCAAAGAAGCUAA